UUGCCAAAUAUCAUUGUGUAUUGCUCUUGCUAGCAAAAGAGGCGUCAACGAUUGACGGGACCCAGUGGACCCAAUGAAUUCAAGAGUGGGGGAAACACCACGAUGCAUUCUUAACAACCCCUCGAAAUCUCUGCGUCAUCGUGGGGUUUUGCUGACAAACACUUUCUUGUUGGAAGGUCGUACAAAAUCAGACUUGCUGCUGUUCUUCCUGGGGAUAGUUCUCACUGAAUUCAUCUUACUUGUAAAAUCUGUCAAACAUUGUUAAAUCCGUCAAUAUGCCAUUCUGGAUUGUGACCGGUGCCAAUCGUGGCCUAGGCCUCGAAUUCGUCACUCAGCUUACCACCGAUCCAUCAAAUACAGUCAUCGCUACCGUUCGAUCCCUCUCAAACGAUAUCUCUGCACUUAAAUCUCUCCAGAGCCCGUCUCUCCACAUCCUAGAAUGCGACACCAGUUCCCAAGAAUCCAUCAAAACGUUUGCCGAGAAUGUCUCAAAGACGUUCGGUGCCGAGAAACAGGUCGACUUCCUGCUAAACAAUGCCGGCAUCAACACGACUCCCGAGCAGACAAGUGAGACAAUGACACCUGACUCCUUGACAAAUCACAUCAACGUCAACGUCAUGGGACCAGCCACCAUGGUGCAGGUCCUGACGCCGCAUCUCCAGAAGGGAUCUGUCGUCAUGAACAUGUCCUCUGGCCUAGGCUCGAUGUCAUAUAAUGCUAGCAAGGAGACCGUGGAGGCUACUAUCUAUUGUAUCUCGAAGGCUGCGCUGAACAUGUUGACUGUUCAUCAGGCGGGCCAAUGGGAGGCGAGAGGUGUUAAGUUUUUGGCGGUUGAUCCCGGGUGGGUGAAGACGGAUAUGGGUGGUCCGAUGGCGAUGCUUGAGAAGGAGGAGAGUAUUGCGGGGAUGUUGAAGGUGUUGAGGAGUAAGGAUACGAAAUCGGGGGAGUACCUUGAGUACAAUGGUUCGAAGAGAGAAUGGUAGUUUUGGACGACAGCCUUCCAGAAAAAGCUCGAGACGGUGUGGUGGAUAUCCAGUCUAUUAGAGCUUCUGGCGUAAUUGACGAUGUUGGCCUACCACUUGACGAUAUUUUUGACUUGCAAGUUGAGAAUCAUGAACCUCCAACAUACACUCGAAUACAUACCAAGCUCAUCUCUUCCAUUCCUUUCCCUCAAAGUACUCCUGUAAGUCCCAAGCGGAAAUAGAGACAUGCACAUCCUCCAAAGACACACUUUAUAGAGCAUGGAAGGAUCCCACACCAAGAGGAGAUUUUGCAAGGAGGAAUUAUAGAAACAAAAGAAAGCAUUCUGGUCCUUUGAAAUUCCCUCGAAACUCGAAUAAAUACUGCGAGGGAGGAAGAUAUGAGAUGAAAUUCAGGCGGGGAUUAGAAGAAGGAGGGAGGGGGGUUGUUGGUUUAUGGUUGUUGGAUAGUGUUUUGAUGAUGAUAGAAUUGAAAAAAUUGAAUUUGGGAGUCCUUUCUAGUUGAUAAGGGAGCAUCACAUUAUUGAACAGAUGGUAC